AUGCUAGGCUACAAAGGUUACCUUUAUACCGUCGAAAAAACCAAAGACGACAAAAUCCGUACUGAACAAUCGAAAUUCGAGUUCGAUGUUACCCAAAUUCGACAAGGCCACGAACCAAAACCGAAAAAAGUAGUUUAUCGCAAACUCGGCGAAAAAGUUACGCGAUUAGUUAGUGAUUACAACAACGUCGAUCUAGGUGAAUACUUGGCAGGUCUAGCUGCAAAUGAGUCGUUGUAG